AUGGAAACCUCAGACUCCGUUGUUUCUGAUAACAGGAAGUUCGAAUUGUGCUUUUUUACCAAAGUCAGAGAUAACUCAACCAAGUACUACGUUGGAAUACGGUAUAAAAGGGUUCCAAACGACAAGAAAAAGAUUGUGUGGGUUGCUAACCGAGACUACGCAUUUGAAACACCAUCAGCUGUUCUUACCAUUCAAGAUGGAAAUUUGGUGAUCAUAGAUGGACAACUUAGAUACAGUGUCAACAAGGUUUCAAACAAUAUCAGUAUCUAUGCCAUGCUCUUGGAUUCAGGAAACUUGAUACUGCUGAAAACCUCAAAUAAACAGAUUUUGUGGCAGAGUUUUGAUCAUCCUACGGACACCCUUUUACCCAUAAUGAAACUAGGACAUGACGAAGGAAACACUUGGUCAUUGCGAUCAUGGAGAAGUGCAGAUGACCCUGACCAAGGAGCUUUUUCCCUCGAAUAUGAUUUGGGCAGG